AUGGCCGGCGAAAACGCGACGGUGGCGAAUGCAAUAUGUUCAAUCUGUUACGAAGAUCUGAAACCGGUGGCUGAGAAUCUGCAAUCGAUCUCCGCCUGUGGCCACGUCUUUCACGAACUAUGUUUGCAGCAAUGGUUCGAAUACUGUCCGAGCACGAACAAGCGAAACUGUCCGAUUUGCAAGCAGAAAUGCCAUCUCAAGGAUCCUUUCCGGCUUUACUUCCAGUCUUCCGGGAAUCAAAUCGAUUCAAUAGCAUCGCAGGAGGUUGAGGAAGAUCCGGUCUUGUUAAGGGGUGAAGUGAAACGGCUCCAAGGGAAGAUACAGAACCUUACGUCGGCUCUGGAGAGGCAGCAGAAGGACAAUCUUGAAGUCUCCAACCAGUUGCAACAAUGUAAGGAACAAUUGAAAGAAGACAAAGUAAGAAGGUGGGAGGCACUGCAAGAGAUAUCAACGACACAACACUUGCUUAAAGUAAAGUCAGAGGAAUGUGUUCAGCUUACUUCCAAGUGCGCUAAGCUACAAGACAGAACUAUGGCUCUUGCCAAGGAGCUCGCUGCGCUUAAACUGGUUUCGGAUAUAAGCUUGGAAGAAGAUGAUGUUAUGAAGCUAGCCUUGUUGGGGAAUAAUGCAAAGACUAAAGAUACAAUAGACACACUAGUGAAGUCCUUGGUUAUCCGAAACAGGAGUUAUAAGGAGUUGUUAGCCAAGUGUAAUCAGCUGGGCAGAGGCGAAGCUCGAUCUUCUGAGAAACUUGAAAAAGCUUUGGAAAAGAUGGAUAGACUUAAGAAGCGAGUGAGGGAACUUGAGAUGAUAGCUGAAGAGAGUGAGAACAGAGCUCUGAGGGAUAUAAAAGUUUCAAUGAACUGCAGUGAAAGACAAGUCUCCAAGCCUGCAAAUGAGGGCUUGGUUUCUUUCAGAAUGCCUCAAUCAAGCAACAUAAUGGAGGAAAUCUCUUCACCACUUGGUAAAUUUGAGAAGAAUGAUGGCUUCACCAAUCAUGAACCGUGCUUAAAGGUAAGAGGAGACUCUAUUUCUGGCAAGACAAAGUCGGUUAUCGAGAUAGACGAUGAUGUUCCUGAAACAGCAAGUUCUGGCAUCAGACAUUCUGACUCUAUUAUGAAAGAUGAGAAGAGUGAAAAUAGUAAUAAUGUUGGGGAGAAAUGCGAUGGUCCACUGAUCAAGGAUAUAAAAUUUAAUGAGAAGAGUGAAAAUAGUAAUAAUAUUGUUCAAAACUCAAAUGCAGGUGCUGGAGAAAGUUGGUUGUCAAGUGGGAAAAAUCAAAAUAGCAGGAGAUGGGAAACGAGUCCUUCACAAGGAGGUUUUGUCUCAGGUAAGGAUAAUCUGAUCUCUGUUGGACCUGAUGGUAAAGGUGGAAGAAUCAAAGUGUUGAGAUCUAAACCCCAAUUUUCUAACACCAAUGCACGCUCAGGCAGUGGUAAGCGAUUCAAGGCUGGAAGUAAAACAAGUGGUUCGUCGUCUCAAGGGUGUCUGCAGAUCGAACAUUUUUUUGGGAAAUCUAAUCGCUAA